AUGUUUCGCUCAGGUCGAAUGUGGAGCUGUCACUGGAAGUGGAAGCCAAGUUCCCUUUUGUUCUUAUUUGCUUUAUCUAUUGUCUGUGUUCCUCACUCAGUGUGCGGAUGUGCCAACUGCAGGCUUGUGCUCUCCAACCCUUCAGGGACCUUUACUUCUCCAUGCUACCCUAACGACUACCCCAACGCCCAGUAUUGCAUGUGGACCCUCCGCGCCCCCAUUGGCUAUAUCAUUCAGAUAACGUUUAAUGACUUCGACAUUGAAGAAGCGCCCAAUUGCAUUUAUGACUCAUUAUCCCUUGAUAAUGGAGAGAGCCAGAAGAAAUUUUGUGGAGCAACUGCCAAAGGCCUAUCAUUCAACUCAAGUGCAAAUGAGAUGCUUGUGUCCUUUUCCAGUGACUUUAGCAUCCAGAAGAAAGGUUUCAAUGCCAGCUACAUCAGAGUCGCUGUGUCCUUGAGGAAUCAAAAGGCCGUUUUACCCCAGAUACUAGACGUGUACGAGAUAUCUGUUGCAAAAAGUGUCUCUAUUCCAAACCUCAGCGCUUUCACACUCUGUUUUGAAGCAGCCAGAACUGGCAAGGAAGACAGCGAAUGGUUGGCUUUCUCCUACUCAAAUGCAUCCUUCACACAAUUACUCAGUUUUGGAAAGGACAAGAGUGGCUACUAUCUAGCCAUAGCUGGCUCAAAAUGUUUAAUAAACAGGGUAAUACCUAUCAAGGAUAAAGAAGAAUUUUUUGCAGAAAGCUUUGAGCUGGUCUGCUUUGUUUGGAAUAAUUCUUUGGGUUAUAUUGAACUCAAUUACAGAAGAAGGCAAGAAAGAAUGCCAUGCAAUGCGAGCAUUAAUAAAGUUAUUUCUGGGAAUGGGAGAUUGUUGUUGGGCUCCGAUCAAAAUGGAAUUGCCUCCCUAAAAGCGGACAUUUAUAACUUUCGACUUUGGAAUUUUACCAUGACUUCCAGAAUGCUCUCCAACCUCAGCUGUAAUGCGAAAGGGAAUGUGGUCGACUGGGAAAACGACUUUUGGAAUAUCCCAACCCUAGCUCUGAAAGCUGAAAGCAACCUAAGCUGUGGUUCCUACCUGGUCAAGCUCCCACCAGUAGAACUAGCCAACUGUGCCGACUUGGGAACCCUCUGCCAAGAUGGAAUUAUCUAUAGAAUUUCCAUAGUGAUUCAAAACAUCCUUCAUCACCCUGAGCUUAAAGUACAGAACAAGGUGGCAGUAUGGCUUAAUUCAACCUUCCAAAAUUGGAACUAUACUGUUUACGUGAUUAAGAUCAGUAUAAACCUGACCUUAAGAGAGGACAAGAUUAAAGUCAAGAGAAGCAUUGGAACGGAUCAAAGAUUGGCAAUUUGGGCCCUUCUAGUUUACAAUGCUACCAACAAUCUCAAUUUAGAAGGGAAAGUCAUUCAGCAGAAGCUCUUAAAAAAUAAUGAGUCCCUGGAUGAGGGCUUGAGGCUGUAUACAGUGAGUGUGAAUCAAAUGGGCACAUGUCCUGCGGAGGAGAAUCCCAGAGGCUUUCACUGGCCAGUCAUCCCACCUUCUGAACACAAGCAGCUUUGUCCAGGGAAGCCGGGCUUUUAUGCUUCACGGACCUGUCAUCGUGACCAUUCCAACACAUCUUUAAUCUACUGGUUGGAUCCUGACAUGUCCAAUUGUUCAAGGGAAGCAAAUGAAGUUGCCAAUCAGAUUUUAAAUUUAACUGGUGAUGGGCAGACCUUAAGCUCAGCCAAUAUUACCAACAUUGUAGGACAGGUCAAAAAAAUUGUGAAUAAAGAAGAAAACAUUGAUAUAAGUCUUGGCUCAACUAUAAUGAAUAUAUUUUCUAAUAUCUUAACCAGUUCAGACAGUGACUUGAUUGAGUCAUCUUCUGAAGCUUUAAAAACCAUUGAUGAAUUGGCUUUCAAGAUAGACCUAAAUAGCACCCAACACGUGAAUAUCGCAACUCGGAAUUUGGCUCUUGGAAUAUCAUCCCUACCUUCAGAGACUAAUGAAGUUUUAAAUUUUAGCAUCAGUCUUCCAAGAAAUAAUGAAUCAUAUUUUCAGAUGGAUUUUGAGAGCAGACAUAUGGAUCCAUUGGCUUCCGUAAUUUUGCCUCUAAACUUACUUGAGAACUUAAGUCAAGAAUAUUCUGCAAUAGUUAAAAGAGCACAGUUUACUUUCUUCAAUAAAACUGGACUUUUUCAGGAUGUAGAGACCAAGAAAGGCACCUUAGUGAGCUAUGUGAUGGCAUGCAGCAUUGGAAACAUUACUGUCCAGAAUCUGAGGGAUCCAGUUCGAAUUAAAAUCAAACAUACACGAAAUCAGGCAGUGCCUAAUCCCAUCUGUGCCUUCUGGGAUCUGAACAAAAAUGAAGGGUCUGGAUUUUGGAACACGUCGGGAUGCGUGGCUCACACAGAUUCAGAUGCCAGCGAGACGGUCUGCCUGUGUAACCACCUCACACACUUUGGAGUUCUGAUGGACCUUCAAGGAUCUGCCUCACAGAUAGAUGCCAGAAACACUAGAGUUCUCACCUUCAUCACCUAUAUUGGAUGUGGAAUAUCUGCUAUUUUUUCAGCAGCAACUCUCCUGACAUAUGUUGCUUUUGAAAAAUUGAGAAGGGAUUAUCCCUCCAAGAUCUUGAUGAACCUGAGCACAGCGCUGCUGCUGCUGAACCUAAGCUUCCUCCUGGACGGCUGGCUCACCUCCUUCCACGUGGAGGGUCUCUGCAUCGCCAUUGCGGUGCUGCUGCACUUCUUCCUGCUCGCCACCUUCACCUGGAUGGCGCUGGAAGCCAUCCACAUGUACAUCGCUCUGGUGAAAGUAUUUAACACUUACAUCCGCCGAUACAUCCUGAAGUUCUGCAUCAUUGGCUGGGGUUUACCCGCCUUCAUUGUGUCAGUUGUUCUAGCAAGCAGAAACCAAAGUGGAGUUUAUGGGAAAAAGAGUUAUGGAAAAGAACAAGGUGAUGAAUUCUGUUGGAUUCAGGAUCCGGUGGUAUUUUACGUGACCUGUGCUGGGUAUUUUGGAAUCAUGUUUUUACUGAACGUUGCCAUGUUCAUCGUGGUAAUGGUGCAGAUCUGCGGGAGGAACGGCAAAAGGAGCAACCGGACCCUGCGGGAAGAGGUCUUACGGAACAUGCGCAGUGUGGUCAGCCUGACAUUUCUGCUGGGCAUGACAUGGGGUUUUGCGUUCUUCGCUUGGGGACCCUUAUAUAUCCCUUUCACAUACCUCUUCUCCAUCUUCAAUUCAUUACAAGGCUUAUUUAUAUUUAUUUUCCACUGUGCUAUGAAGGAGAACGUUCAGAAACAGUGGAGACGGCAUCUCUGCUGUGGGAAAUUUCGGUUAGCAGACAACUCAGACUGGAGUAAGACAGCUACCAAUACCAUCAAGAAAAGUUCUGAUAACUUAGGAAAAUCACUGUCCUCAAGCUCCAUUGGUUCCAACUCAACCUACCUUACAUCCAAAUCGAAAUGCAGCUCUACCACCUACUUCAAAAGGAAUAGUCACACAGACAAUGCUUCCAUGGACAAGUUCUCAUCAAAACUGACUCAUGCUGAUGGAGAACCAACAUCAAUCAUCCCUGUCCAUCAGGUCAUUGAUAAGGUCAAGGGUUAUUGCAAUCCUCAUUCUGAUAACUUCUAUAAAAACAUUAUCAUGUCAGACACCUUCAGCCACAGCACAAAGUUUUAA